GAAACAAUAUUAUUUUCGCUGCAGAUAUAGACGAGUGUGAAAAGCAAAAUGCCUGCGAGCACGGUUGCAAGAAUACCAACGGAUCAUAUAACUGUACUUGUUUCUCUGGUUAUACACUGAAUGCAAAUGGCAAGACAUGUGACAAAACGGGGACAUUAAACUGUUCUAGCUGCUCUGUUUACCAUGGCUGUACAAUUAAUGCGUCAAGCAGAGAAACGUGUUUUUGUAAAUUGGGUUACGAUAUGAAUUCUACAGGAUGCUUCGAUACUGACGAAUGUUUAAAAUCCUCGGAAAUAUGUGGAAAUGCUACCUGUGUUAACAUCGACUCUAGCUACAAAUGUGUGUGUGAUGAGGGAUACUUUUAUAAUAUAAAUACAAAUAGCUGUACCGAAUGUCCGAAGAACAAAUAUGGAAAAAAUUGCAACGAAACAUGCGACUUUAGAUGUGCUUCUUGUGAUAAAAUAACAGGCUGUGUUUGUGAACGCGGUAAAAAAGGAAACAACUGUUCAGAAGAUAUCAAUGAAUGUAAUUCAACCCACGAAUGUGAUCGUCUAACAACUACUUGCGAAAAUGUAGUUGGAUCAUAUUAUUGCAAAUGUAAGGCUGGUUAUAAAAAGAUUCUUGAUAUCAAAUGUGAAGGUACGUAGAUCCAAUGAAGUUUUCAUAGUCAUUCGUAAUUUACUGCUUUAUAGACUUCAUAUUUCGAUGCAUAUUUUAGUAAGCA